UUCAUUCAAAAGUCUCUUUUGACCACCACCACCUUCCACCUUCUACCCUUCUUCCUCCUCCCUGCUUCCUUCUUUCCUUUCUCCUAUUUCUCUUUCUUUCACGCACACAACCAUCCACUCUACGCAUAAACCUCUAAAUUCUCUUUCUCUCUGUAUAUCUCUCUAUGCUAAUCAACCAGUGAAUGGUAACAUCUUCUCAUUCUUCCUCUCAUCUCUCUGCCAUUCUUCCAUAAUGGGCAUCUGUUUUUCAAGCACCAAGGUCAGCGGCUCCAGCAGCAACAACGCUGGUGCUUCCAAUCGCAACCGCAAAUGCUCGGAGCCCGUGGCUGCGCAGGGGGAGCCCGCGGAGCAUAAGCAACAGUCGUCGCAUGGUCAACGGCGGCGCGAAGAAUCGCGGAAGCCCCCACGCACCAAGGAGAAAGCGAACGGGCGUCGCCCGGGGGGGACGCUGCCUUGCGGAAAGCGCACGGAUUUUGGAUACGAGAAAGACUUUGACAAGAGAUUCUCGCUCGGGAAGUUGUUGGGACACGGCCAAUUCGGUUACACUUACGUUGGGAUAGACAAAGCAAAUGGGGAUCGUGUCGCCGUUAAGAGACUCGAGAAGAACAAGAUGGUUCUCCCUAUAGCGGUUGAGGAUGUUAAGCGUGAAGUCAAGAUAUUGAAAGAACUUACAGGCCAUGAAAAUGUGGUUCAGUUCUACAAUGCUUUUGAGGAUGAUUCAUACGUGUACAUAGUUAUGGAGUUAUGUGAGGGUGGAGAACUGCUAGAUCGGAUAUUGGCCAAGAAGGACAGUCGUUAUACUGAAAAAGAUGCAGCUGUGGUUGUAAGGCAGAUGCUUAAGGUUGCGGCUGAGUGUCAUUUACAUGGGUUGGUUCAUCGGGACAUGAAACCAGAGAAUUUUCUUUUGAAAUCAACCAGAGAAGAUUCACCUUUAAAAGCUACCGAUUUUGGUUUGUCUGAUUUCAUAAAGCCUGGGAAGAGGUUUCAAGACAUUGUUGGCAGUGCUUACUAUGUUGCACCAGAAGUGUUAAAACGAAAGUCAGGUCCUGAGUCAGAUGUAUGGAGUAUUGGUGUGAUUACAUACAUAUUGCUUUGUGGGAGACGUCCAUUUUGGGAUAAGACAGAGGAUGGUAUCUUCAAGGAGGUCUUACGGAACAAGCCUGAUUUUCGGCGGAAACCAUGGCCAACCAUAAGCAAUGGUGCAAAAGAUUUUGUGAAAAAAUUGUUGGUAAAAGAUCCCCGUGCAAGAUAUACUGCUGCUCAGGCUCUAUCACAUCCAUGGGUUAGAGAAGGGGGAGAGGCAUUAGAGAUUCCUAUUGACAUAUCUGUCCUGAACAACAUGCGACAGUUUGUGAAGUAUAGUCGGUUGAAACAGUUUGCACUAAGGGCAUUGGCGAGCACACUUAAUGAAGAAGAGUUGUCUGAUCUGAAAGAUCAGUUUGAUGCAAUAGACGUGGACAAAAAUGGUUCUAUCAGUCUUGAAGAGAUGAGACAGGCUCUUGCUCAAGAUCUCCCUUGGAAAUUGAAAGAAUCACGUGUGCUAGAGAUAUUACAAGCGAUAGACAGCAACACAGACGGGCUAGUGGAUUUCUCCGAGUUUGUAGCAGCUACAUUACAUGUACAUCAGUUGGAGGAACAUGAUUCUUUUAAGUGGCAGCAACGGUCACAAGCUGCUUUUGAGAAAUUUGACUUGGACAAGGAUGGCUACAUUACUCCAGAUGAACUUAGAAUGCACACGGGUUUGAGAGGGUCCAUUGAUCCAUUGCUUGAGGAAGCCGACAUUGAUAAAGAUGGAAAGAUCAGCUUACCAGAAUUCCGCAGACUUUUAAGAACUGCAAGCAUCGGUUCUCGAAACGUGUUGAGCCCGAAUCGCUUGCAUCGAAAGAUGUAGAUUAGAUGUGUUUGAUUGACUGAGACAACUGAGGAAAAGAGAAUGAUGAUUUUUCUCUAAGAUGAUCUGGUUUGCCAUUUGUGGUGAAGCCGUUGUUGUGCACAUUUUGCUGUGUAUGGAACUCUGAAACUACAUUUGUGGCAUAGAACACAGCAGAAUAGUGUUAAGGUUAGCGUUGAGGAGCAUAUGAAAUAGUGUGUGGAUUAUUGAGUUGAGGUAUCAGAGUUACAUCAGUGUACAUCAUUUAAGUUCAAGGCUUUUCUGGCCCUGUUUGUGUAAUUCUUGUAAUGUGUAAUACUGUAAUUAUAAAUAAAACUAUUCUUACCCUCCUUCCCCACCUCAAAUAAUCUUCA